GGCGAGCGGCAGGAAGGAAAACGGUAUUAAAGCAGAUGCCUGAGAGCGAAAGCAGAGGCUGAGAGUGUGAGCGCAAAGUCGGUGGCGUGGGAGGUGGAGGCGUGUGUGUCCUGCUGAGGAGACACAGAGGCCCUUUGUGCGGGGCCUGAGUCGCCUCCUAUGUCCCUGCUGCCGGCUCCUGGGGAACAUGCGGCGGCUCCUCCUUUCCGCGCUGCUGGGCGCUGCUCUCGCCCAGUUCUGCUGCAGGGCGCAGGGCGGCGGGCCGUUGGCCAGGGCGCCGGAAGGAAGGCCCGGAGAGGAACCGGAAGUGCAGCCUCGCAGACAGUUUUGUCACUGGCCCUGUAAAUGCCCUCGUCAGAAGCCCAGCUGUCCUCCUGGAGUGAGCUUGCUGAGGGACGGCUGCGGGUGCUGUAAGAUCUGUGCCAAACAGCCGGGGGACAUCUGCAAUGAAGCCGACCUCUGUGACCCCCACAAAGGGCUGUACUGUGACUACUCGGCCGACAGGCCUCGGUUCGAGACCGGAGUGUGCGCGCACCUUAUAGCUGUGGGAUGCGAGUUCAACAGGGUACAUUAUCAUAAUGGCCAAGUCUUUCAGCCCAACCCCCUGUUUAGCUGCCUCUGUGUGAGUGGGGCCAUUGGAUGCACACCUCUGUUCAUACCAAAGCUGGCUGACAGUCACUGCUCUGGGGCUAAAGGUAGAAAGAAGUCUGAUCAAUCCAACUGUGGCCUGGGACCAUUCCAACAGCAGCUUUCAGCAACCUACAAAACAAUGCCAGCUUAUAGGAAUCUCCCACUUGUUUGGAAAAGAAAAUGUCUUGUGCAAGCAACAAAGUGGACACCUUGCUCCAGAACAUGUGGGAUGGGAAUAUCUGAUCGGGUCACCAAUGAAAAUAGCAACUGUGAAAUGAGAAAAGAGAGAAGACUGUGUUACAUUCAACCUUGUGACAGUAAUAUAUCAAAGAGAGUAAAGAUCCCCAAAGGAAAAACAUGCCAACCUACUUUCCAACUCCUCAAAGCUGAAAAAUUUGUCUUUUCUGGAUGCUCAAGCACUCAGAGUUAUAAACCCACUUUCUGUGGAGUAUGCUUGGAUAAGAGAUGCUGUGUCCCUAAUAAGUCUAGAACGAUUACCAUUCAAUUUGAUUGCCCAAAUGAAGGGUCAUUUAAAUGGAAGAUGCUGUGGAUUACAUCUUGUGUAUGCCAAAGGAACUGCAGAGAUCCAGGAGAUGUAUUUUCUGACCUCAAGAUCCUAUAAAACCUAGUAUAUAUGGGAAAAGUUAAGUUCAGGUAAUCAUGUCAUUACGUUAGAAAAUUAGAGUGGUUUUAAAAGGGUGGCAAAUCUACCUUUUUGAUUUAAAAAAGGGAAGAAUACCUACCUAUUCUCAGAUGACUCUAUUUAAGGCAUUAGAAGUUAUUAAAAAGGUUCUCUUGGGGCGUCUGGGUGGCUCAGUCGUUAAGCGUUUGCCUUCGGCUCAGGUCAUGAUCCCAGGGUCCUGGGAUCAAG